AAGAUCCAAUGUUUACUAUUAUGUAAGUAGUGUGGUGACAUUUAUUUCAAUGUUGUUCAGGAAAUGGGAUAAAAAAUAAAUCUGCUGGCUUUUUUGCUACACGGACCCAUUUUGUUACCGGACAAGAUGGCGGUGUCAACACGAGUGUAUCAAAAUUUUUCAGUUCUCAGCUUUAGUUUUCUGAUAGACGGCUUUUUUCGGAGUGUCUAAGUGUUUCUUUUAAUGUCACACGACUUACACUAACGAUUAAUGUUGGAAAUUAAAAUGGCGCAGUCAGAAACGGAGAUAAUUUCCCAGGAAACCUCGGACUCUCCCUUUGCUGUUGCACAAACCGUGUCCCCCACUGGCAGAGUUUUGACUGAAGAGGAGUUAAAAACUCUCCACAACGACAAGAUUUUGGUGUCAGACUUUAAACAGAUGAAACUGGAGAAAGAAGCACAGAAAAACUGGGACUUAUUUUACAAGAGAAAUACGACAAAUUUCUUUAAAGACAGGCACUGGACUACAAGGGAAUUUGAGGAGCUCAAAGCAUGCAGAAAGUUCGAGUCACAGAAAUUGGUGCUACUAGAAGCAGGCUGUGGUGUAGGAAACUGCAUCUUUCCACUCCUGGAAGAGGACCUCAAUGUAUAUAUUUAUGCAUGUGACUUCUCACCAAGGGCUGUAGAAUUUGUUAAACAAAACCCACUGUACAGCCCUGAGCGCUGCUGUGCCUUCCAGUGUGAUCUAACCAAAGAUGACCUCCGAGAUCACAUCCCAGAGAACAGUGUGGAUGUCAUCACUCUCAUCUUUGUCCUGUCAGCGAUCCAUCCUGACAAAAUGAGGCAGGCAUUAGAGAAUAUAUGCAGGGUGGUGAAGCCUGGGGGGGUGGUUUUGUUUAGAGACUAUGGUCUAUAUGAUCACGCUAUGCUCAGAUUUAAAGCUGGGAACAAGCUUGGAGAUAACUUUUAUGUCCGUCAAGAUGGCACCAGGUCCUAUUUCUUCUCAAAAGAAUUCCUGGCAGAGCUGUUUGAGAGUGCAGGCUUCCAGUCAAUCACUAAUGACUAUGUCCUGAGAGAGACCAUUAAUAAGAAGGAGGGGCUCUGUGUUCCCCGGGUGUUUCUACAAAGUAAAUUUACCAAAAAUAAUCAGCAGACCAUGUGAUUCUUUAACAAUUACUGUCAUAUACUCAGAUUCUUUUAUGUGUAUAUAUAUAUUUUUUUUUACAAUUUAAAUUUUUGAUGAUACAUUUAUAUUUUUGUUUAACAGCUGUGUAGUUCUUUGCAGAAAUUAUUAAUCAUAUACAAACAUUUCAAGUUGUAAAACACUGUUCAAUACCACAUUUGUCCACUAAGGGGGACUGUUGUUUUUUUUAAAUUUGCAUUAUUGGAGCUUAAAACGCAACUGCCUUUUAUUUUAACUCAUGCUUGAAACUAAAUAAACACAUUUAAAAUUC